AGACUGAUGACUACUCUUUUAAUAUAUUAGAUAAGUGCUACCACAAACAAUUAGCAGAAUAUAUAGUGACUUUGAAUGGUCUGCGCUACACAGCCUAACAAAUUUAGGGUUUUGACAAAAAAAAAAAAAGAUGGAGAAACCAAAAAAGAAGAAGAGAAAAGGCAACCGAAAAAGAAGAAAGCAAUUGAAACUUCCGUCGUCCUUUCCUAAAGAUCUAAACUCAGAAAUACUCUUAAGGCUGCCUUCGAGAUCAGUUUUGAGAUUCCGUUGCGUAUCGAAGCUAUGGUCAUCAAUCACCACCGACUCAUAUUUCAUCCGCUCUUUCGAGACUCGGUUCUUCUCAACACUGCAGCCGAGUCUUCUUGUCUGCGUUAUAGCAGAUGGGAAGCUUUUUGUUUCCUCAAUCCCUCAAGAUAAUCAGAACUCUUCUUACUCUUGUUCUCAGCCUAUUUAUCGUUACCAUAUGAAAUUCCCGCAAGGACAAUGUUACUUGCCCCCUACGGAAUCUGUCCAUGGCUUGAUCUGUUUUCAAGUAUCAGGAGCCCCUGUAGUUUGGAACCCUAGCAAGAAAGAGUUAUUAACCUUGCCGAAACCCGAAAAGAGCUGGUGUUAUGUAAGAGUUUUUUUAGGAUAUGAUCCGGUCGAAGGUAAACACAAAGUAAUGUGCAUACCUUAUUUAAGAAGUUCUGGAGUGUGUCGUGUGUUAACAUUGGGAUCAGGUCAAGAAUCAUGGAGAACAGUCAAAACCAACCAUAACCAUUAUUCGGACUACAAUACGUUUGGUCGAUGCAUCAAGGGUGUUAUAUAUUAUGUAGUAGAUAUUUAUCAUAAGAAUGUUUGGGUUACAAUAAGUUUUCAUGUUAGAUUAGAAAAAUUUGGUAUGAUAGAUUUACCAUCGGGUAUUUAUAGGGACAUGUUGAUAAGCUAUGAGGGGAGGUUAGCUUUUGUUGAUAACGACGAAACCGGACGGAAGAGAAUGAAUAGUCAGAAACUCAAUGAAUGAAUAGAAUCGCUUACUAUGUAAUAUAAAUUGGUUCAUUACCAGUUUGGUAAAAAAAAGCAUGAAUUGUUCAAAGAUUCGCAUAUACCUUAUUUUGAAGU